AUGCUUCAACUAGUGGGCCACAUAGUUUGUGCAGAGCUAAUGAAAGAUAAACAAACGCACCCAAACGACAAAGAGAUGAAUUGUCAUUUUGUAAUAUUUUCUUUGAUUUCUAUUAUUUUCCUCUUCAACGUUCAACUCGGUCUGUGUACCGGAAAGGGUUCAACGCCAUCUCAGAGGCAAAGGCUUGCCUUGCCCAGAGUCAGCUGCUCCCAAAGGGGAAUAAAAGCCGUAUUUGGCUCCCAGGUCAAAAGUAAUAUCCGUGUAAGAGACAAGACAGGGGCAACACUUGCAGUCCCUCAGUCCGAUAGCUUGUGUGGCGUCAAAAUGGGUACGCAGAACAACCGGAGCCUCUUCUUCCUCGGCGCGUAUGACAGCUGCUAUGCUCAAAUCAAGGAUAAUAAAGUGGUCAUCCCGUUGCAAGUCCAGCUGGCAGGAGAGCUUGGCUGGUUCAGGGUAAACAUCAGCUGUUCUCUGACAGUAAGACCCAAAGAGAGGACUGCACUCUCGUCAACGAAAUUCCAUGGAAGCUGUGCCAUCCAAAAAGACUUCCGAGUGAAAUGUGGGCGAGGAAAAAUGUCUUCAGAUUCUUGCUUCGAUCAGGGAUGCUGCUACAAUACCACCGAUUCGGAAUGCUACUACAGACUCAACUCCUGCUCUCUGGACGGACACUUUGUGUUUGCUGUAAAAACUACCGAGACGAAGCCGAGAACCCUCGCAGUCAAGGAUCAGCCCCGCUGCCUCCCUUUGAUCACUACCGCAGACACUGCCGUCUUUAAGAUUCCCGUCACGGACUGCGGGGUUAAAACAAAGGUCAAUGGACGUGUUGUAAUCUAUGAGUUAGAGGUGGAGGAGCUCCCCGAUCCAAUUCGAGCAAAUCACUCUUCAUUUCGGCUCCAGAUUGAGUGUGAAUACGAAGCGUCCGCCGCGAGGCGUGCAGUAAAUCUACGUUCCAUGCGCGCAGUGACCAACCCGCCCCCUGUGGUCGCUCUGGGAACCAUCAGAGUGCAGAUGAGGAUAGCCACGGAUUCCUCCUUUACGUGUUACUUUCCUGAGGACCAGCUUCCACUGACAUUGCCACUACGUGAAACCGUGUACGUGGAAAUCGCCAUUGCUCAACCAUCACCAGAUCCCGCACUUUCCCUGCACGUCAGGGAUUGCUUCGCCUACCCCGCAUCCCGACACUCUGUGUGGAUGCUUCUCCACGACGGAUGUCCUAACCACCUGGAUGACUCGGGAAGUUCGAUCCCUGUGGACAGCCAGGGCAAAACGUACUCCCAUUCCCAAGUCAGGAGAUUUGAUGUCAAGACCUUUGCCUUUGUGAAAAAAGGCCAGCCAAGUGUGGAGGAAAUAUAUUUCUAUUGUUGGGUGGAAAUCUGCACAGAGGAUGUUGACUGUGAACAACGCUGUGCCAUCAUUUCAUCUGACGGGGAGAGACAGAAAAGAGGGGCUUCAUCUAACACUCAUCCCACCCAGCUGGUCUCAUUAGGCCCUUUCAUUCUGCGUCAGAAUAACACAAAAAUGGAGGAUGAUCCAUGUGUUCAGCAGAACUUGAUGUAUAAGGCCACAAUAUUUACAGUCGCUGGCAUCGGGACGAUGACAACACUGCUGCUGCUGGUGAUGGUGGUAUUGUGUCUGAGCAACAGGAAGUGUCACAAACAAAAGGCAACACAAACUUCUGAUGUCCAAGUCGAAGAUGCAAUAUAAUAAACUUUUCACCUCUA